AUGUUCGCUGCAUCAGAGGCGGUGGCAGUGGCCACGGCGGCAGCAGGAGGGCCUUACGUGUGCAGCAAGUGUGGCAAGAGCUUCAGCUACAGUUCGGUGCUGCUGCGCCACGAAUGUGCCCAUGGCGGCAACAGCCGCUACCGCUGCCUCGACUGCAGGGAGCGCUACGCACUGGCCACUGACCUCCGCGCACACCGUCGCAUGCACGCUGGCCAGACACUCUACAUCUGCAAUGAAUGCGGCCAGAGCUUCCAUCAUAGUAGCCUCCUGGACCUGCACCAGAGCACACACAGACAGCGCGGCCGCUCCUGCCGCUGCCGCACAUGCGGCCGCAGCUUUCCACACCUCUCAGCUCUGCUGCUGCACCGGCGCCGCCGGCACCCCCCUGAGCGGCCCUGCCGCUGCCCCCUGUGUGCGCGUGCCUUCCGUCAGAGUGCGCUCCGCUUCCACCAGGCGCGGGCACACCCGUGGGGGACAGCCAUCGCGCCUCUCAACCCCCUCCACCGCUGCGCACAGUGCCCACGGGCCUUCCACAGCUCUGCAGGGCUGCAGAGCCACACUCGCGUCCACGCGAGCCAGCGUCCAGCUCCUAAGCCGCACGCGCCGUGUGUGCACCAGUGCAGCGUGUGCGGGAAGAGCUUCGGCAAGAGCUCCACGCUAACACGACACCUACAGACGCACUCAGGUGAGAAGCCCUUCAAGUGCCCGGAGUGUGGGAAGGGAUUCUUGGAGAGCGCCACGCUAGUGCGCCACAAGCGGACACACACGGGGGAGAAGCCAUACACAUGCGGGGACUGCGGGCGCCGCUUCAGCGAAAGUUCCACCCUUCUGCGCCACAGGCGCAGCCAUCUGGGAGAGCGGCCGCACGCAUGCGCCACGUGCGGCAAGGGCUUUGGGCAGCGCUCAGACCUGGUGGUGCACCAGCGCAUCCACACCAGCGAGAGGCCCUUCCCAUGCACCGAGUGCGGCCGCCGCUUCAGUGACCGCUCUGACCUCACCAAGCACCGGCGCACGCACACCGGCGAGAAGCCCUACCGCUGUGAGCUGUGCGGCAAACGCUGCACAUGCGUUUCCAACCUCAACGUGCACCGGCGCAACCACGCCGGCCACAAGCCCCACAAGUGCCCCGAGUGCGGCAGGGCCUUCAGCGUGGCCUCCAAGCUGGCGCUGCACCGCAAGACCCACCUGGGCGAGCGGCCAGCACAGUGCGCCGAGUGCGGCAAGUGUUUCAGUCACAGCCGCUCGCUCUCCCAGCCGCUCUCACAGCCGCUCGCUCUCCCAGCACCAGCGCCGCCGCCCAAGCCACCGAAGGAGCUGCACUCAUCCUCGCUGGGCGGGCAGAAAAGGAAAAGCCGGACUUCUUGUGUCGCAGCUGAGGGACACUUGCUGAGAAGCUUUUCUGUAGUAGGGUGGGCACGUACGGAUGCCACUGCCACAGGGAGGUCUGUGUAA